AUAUCAGUUCUGGUGAAGAGUCCGAGUUUAGCGAUUCUGAGAUUUCUGAGCACAAAGAUAAGCCAUACGCGCAACUGAGGAAUGGAACACUCAAAGUUAAGUAUCCAGGUGGCAUUUUUAAGUGUCCAUUUUGUGCUGGCAAGAAAAAACAGAAUUUCAAAUACAAAGACUUGCAUCAACAUGCUUCGGGAGUAAGCAAAGGCUCUUCCAACAGAAGUGCAAAGCAAAAGGCGAAUCAUCUUGCUCUAACAUUGUAUCUAGAGAAUGAACUGGCAGACGAGGCCGAAAAGCCAGUGAAAGUAGUAGUAACACCAAUCACUGAAGAAAACAAAUUGUUUUGCUGGCCUUGGACUGGGAUUAUGGUCAAUAUAGUCAAAGAAUCAGACGACGCGAAUGAUUUUGACAACACUGAAUAUUGGCUCAAGAGAUUCUCAAAAUACAAGCCUGAAGAUGUUGAGCUGUUAUGGGAUGCCGAAAAGAGAACCGCAAAAGCGUUUGUCAGGUUCAACAAUGGUUUGAUUGGUUUGAAAAAUGCUAUGGAGUUUGAGAAAGCCUUUGAAGCUAAUCGUCACAGCAAGAAAGAAUGGAGUGCUUCUGAAAAUCCGUCGGGUUCAAGGAUUUAUGCCUGGCUAGCUCGUGCAAAUGACUUUGAAUCACAAGGGCCAUUAGGAGACUACCUUCGCAUGAACAGGGAUCUCAAGACGGUAUCUGAAGUUGAGCAAGAAGUUGCAAAAACCAGAAACAGACCGGUGAUUGAAUUAGCAACUGAGAUCGACAUGAGGAAUGAAAAUCUUGAUGAUUUGCAAAGCAAGUGUAAUCAGAAAAUCAUGUCUUUAAGUAAGAUGACUGAAGAAAUCGACAGCAUGCAUCGGUCUUUCUGCGAAGCAAGAAGAAAACUGCAGCACCAUGCACAGAUGCGUGUUAACGAACUAUUAGCUGAACGAGAAAGGGCGCAUGCUGAGGUGGAGAAACUCAGGAAAGAACAUGAAUUACGAAGCAAAGAAGUUAGUAAGAAAGUAGCCCAAACAGAACGUGAAAAACAAAAAUUAGAUGAGGAGAAAAGAAAGAAUGACGUGCGAAACAGUUGUCUGCAUAUGGCCUCCAUAGAGCAGAAAAAAGCCGACGAGGGUCUCUUAAGGCUGAUUGAAGAGCAAAAGAGAGAGAAGGAGGAGGCGUGGAAGAAAGUAGUUGAGUUAGGGAGACAGCUAGCUGCCAAACAGCAACUAGAGAUGGAAAUUGUGGGAUUAAAAGGGAAAGUGAAGGUGUUGAAACAUUUAGGUGAUGAAGAUAAUACUGCGGUUCAAGAGCAGAUAAAAAAGAUGAAUGAUGAGCUGGAAGCGAAGAUGGAGGAAAUGGGUGAUUUGGAGGAUAUGAAUCUAACUCUUAUGGUUAAGGAACGCGAAAGUAACGAUGAGUUGCAAGAUACCCGCAAAGAGUUGAUUAAGUGCUUUCUGGAAAUGCAGGAUAAGUCAAGUGGACGUGGUAUUAUCAGGGUAAAGAGGAUGGGUGAAAUUGAUAUGAAAGCCUUCAAUGACGCCUGCAAGAAGAAGUUUGAUUCCGAAGAAGCUGAAAUCAAGGCCUCUGAGUUAUGCUCUUUGUGGCAGGAGAAGCUUACGAACCCAAAGUGGCAUCCAGUAAAAGUUGUUGCAGUAGAGGGUGCACUUAAGGAAGUGAUUAAUGAAGAUGAUGAAGUGCUAAAAACUCUCAAGGCGGAAUGGGGUAGUGGAAUCUUUGAUGCAGUGGUUGCUGCAUUUAUGGAGAUGAAUGAAUACAACCCUAGUGGCAGAUAUGUAGUUAACGAACUUUGGAACUUUAGAGACAAACGAAAAGCUACAUUAAAGGAAGUUAUUAGCUAUAUCUUGCAGGAUAUGAAGAGCCAAAAGCGUAAAAGAAGAUAAGGUUCGUA